AUGUCAACCGAGUCUUUCCUACCAGCCGGGGCAAUAAGGUUGCGCGACAACGACACGAGCGAUGACGAUAGGAAUAGCGCAUGCUGGGCGAAGAGCGUAGAGAUUACCGACUACAUAUUUGUCAAUGGCAGCAACACGAACAUUGGCGCAUUCAUCGUCUGGAAUAUCCGAGUCGAAACGCUGAAUGGAAGCUUUAUGAAUAUUCGGAAGCGCUACUCUGAAUUUGACGACUUUCGACGAAAACUGACACAAUCGUUUCCCAACUUCAGAGCGGCAGUCCCGGAACUCCCGCCCAAGAGCGCGUUAUUCAAAUUCCGUCCCAAGUUCCUGGAGAAGCGCCGGGCUGGCCUGCAAUAUUUUCUCAACUGUAUACUACUAAACCCAGAGUUCUCGGGUUCGCCUGUUCUCAAAGACUUCCUAUUUGCGUAA